AUUUCAACUCCCCGCCAGCAUCAAGCGCAGGUCCGCCUUCACGACGCACCUGAAGAAGCACGGAGACCAGUUCUUCGGUGUCCCAGUCGACAUCUUCUAUCGUGGCGACAUAGCCAUAGGGAGCAGGAAACGGUUCCGCCGGGCAUCAUCUGAAACCUCCUCUGAUUCCUUUUCGAUCUCCUCGAUGAAUGAUGCAUUCGAUGGCUCUACUUAUCAUGAUCAAUUCACGGGCUCCGCGGGCGUUAAAGGCUUCGACUGGGGCUCGACGUCAUUCUCUUAUGAUGGGCUUGACUACUUGUCGUUGCCAGCUAGUGAACAAACGACCCCGUUUGAUUCUCCAGAACUCAACUUCAACGUACAAACUCAGUACCUAUCCGAAUGCCUUUCCCGGUACGCGUUUGGGUCACUUGACCCCGUAUAUAACUUUGGGGAUCAGCAUCUCUAUUCCGAGGCCGGACUCGUGCAGGAUGUGGACUUCAGUGGUCUUUACACAAUGCCUUGAAUAGGCGGUGGAUCCGCUUGUUACCAGUUAUGUUGCCAAUGCCGCUAUGUCAACUUUAUUAUAUGAUACAUCUCGUCGAGCUUCUUGCAUAAUUUGUAUCCUUGUACUGUACUCCCAAUCGCUACAAUAAUGGACCGCUGAUGCAGAUGCAA